AUGGCGUCAACCAGCCAGAGCGGCCAGGAGCCGUCUCAUCUCAGCCCCCCCUACCCUCCCAAGUACGCCUCCCUAGGCCUCCAGCCAACCCCCAUCCCCGACAUCCCCGUCUCCGCCGUCGUCCUCUUCCUCUUCGCCUGCUCCGCCGCCCUCAACAUGACAAUCUUCCAGCGGAACCGGCGCCGCGGCCACAAGUUCGUCCUCUCCGGCCUCUUCUUCGGCUUCUCCAUGGCCCGCAUCUCCGCAAACGUCAUGCGCAUCGUCUGGGCCUGCUACCCGACUGACGGCCAGAUCGGCCUCGCCGCCCAGAUCCUCGCCUCCGCCGGCGUCCUCCUCGUCUACGUCAUCAACCUCAUCCUCGUCCUGCGCAUCCUGCGCGCCUACCACCCCCAUCUCGGCUGGAGCACGCCCGUGCGCGUCUUCUUCCGGAGCCUGUACGCCUCCGUCGGCGCCUGCCUCGUCAUGCUCAUCACCGCCGUCGUCUACAGCGUCUACACCCUCAACCAGUCCGCCAUCGACAAGACCCACGACGUCCAGGUCGUCGCCGUCACCUACUUCGCCUUCCUCGCCUUCCUGCCCCUGCCCAUCGUCGCCCUCUGCUUCGUCAUCCCCCGGAGGCAGCGCAUCGAGAAGUUCGGCGCGGGCAGCAUGCGCUACAAGCUCUUCCUCAUGAUCUUCAGCGCCAGCCUGCUCACCCUCGGCGCGGCCUUCCGCGCAGGCGUCACAUACUACCGCGUUCCCGUCUCACAGCCCCGCUGGUUCCAUUCCAAGGCGUGCUUCUACUGCUUCAACUAUGCCAUCGAGCUCAUCGUCAUCUUCACGUAUGCGCUGUCGCGGUUCGACAAGCGCUUCCAUAUUCCCGACGGGAGCAGUUUGCCCGGACACUAUGUAAAUGGCGUCCACAAUGGGGAUGGGCGCGUGUUUGACGAGGAGCUGCCCGGGAGCGUGUCGGAACGGGCCAUGAACAACAACUCGUCGCGGGACUCGCAGCUCGAAAGCAACAUGAAGUAUGAGCUGCAGUCGACUGCCCGAUAA